GUGUCACGCAUCCACCCAAUCACCGUCUCUCUUCGACACAGCGCUUCUUCUAAUAGCAAAUAGCAGCUUCGAGGGUUCGACAAUGGCGACCACUGCUGCUUCUCUCCCAAACACCGCGCUCUUUCCCAAUUCCUCUUCUUUGGGAGGCAAAGCUCCUCCGUUUCUCGGCGGGCAUCGUAAAAGUCUCGAUUUUGAGUCGAAUCCCGUGCGGCGGCGGCGGCGGCGGCUGCGUGGGGAAGCUGGGCCGUUGGUGGUGGCUUCCGCCGCCGGGAGCGGCGGCGGCGGCGCCGAGAGGUUCUACCUCAACUUCACCGGGUUCCCCUUCCCCCUCGGGCCCUUCCUCAAUCGGCGCACGAUUAGGACCGAGGCUGUGAGAGAUUGUAUAUGGCUUUUCGAGCAAGAGCAAGCACUGGGUUUCAGCAGUGUCUCCACAAACAUUCGGAUGACUGUUAUCAAGCUGAAAUCUGGAGGAUUAUGGGUCCAUGCACCGAUCGCUCCUACUAAAGAAUGCAUUCAGCUGUUAAAGGAGUUGGAUGCACCUGUGGAAUACAUUAUCCUACCUACUUUUGCUUAUGAACACAAGAUCUUCGUGGGCCCAUUUUCGAGGAAGUUCCCAAGAGCGCAAAUUUGGGUGGCUCCCAGGCAGUGGAGUUGGCCGAUCAAUUUGCCCCUUGAGUUUUUUGGAAUUUUCCGUGCCAAGUCCUUGAAGGAUGAGGAUGAUUCUACCCCUUGGGCAGAUGAGAUUGAACAAAAGAUCUUUAGCGCACCAGAAGUUGGAAUUGGCCCUUAUGUGGAGGUGGCAUUCUACCAUAGGCCUUCACGAACACUAUUGGUAACAGAUGCUGUGAUCUUCGUUCCAAGGAAGCCGCCAGAAUGUAUUAGCAAAGAAUCAUUGUUGGCAUCUGCUAAGAAUGGUUUGGCUGUGAAACUUCUCAGUAAAGGAAAGGAAGUUCCCGAUGAACCUGUUGUGGACAAUACGGUCAAUCGUCAAAAAGGAUGGGAGAGAAUGGUUCUGCAAAUAUUGUUCCUAGGCCCGUCGAAUCUUUUGGAGCCUACCGCAAGCUUCGCUCAGAUGUCACAGAAAUUGAUUGUGUCGCCAAUUGUUAAAACAUUAGUCUUCAGCAAAGUUCCAGAAAAGGUGAGGGAUUGGGUCGAUAGAAUUGUGAGAGAUUGGCGAUUCAAGAGGAUAAUUCCUGCCCAUUUUGCCGCCCCGAUAAACGGGAGCAGUUCGGAUUUCCUAGCAGCUUUUGGCUUCCUCGAUGAGCUACUUGGCGAGCGAUUUGUCACACGGCCUUCUCUGUCGCUUUUAUUCGCUUCUCUUAUGGGGCGGGCGGCUAGUUACUUUCCCCCGGAUGACAUGAAGACAUUGUCAUCACUUGAUCAGUUCUUAGUCUCAGUUGGUGUUGUUAAGAAAACUGUUUCAGGUAGAAAGCAGUGAUUUGCCCUUCUCUCUCUCUCUCUCUCUCUCUCUCUCUCUCUCUCUUGUUAAUGUAAAGAAUGUAUAUUAGAAGGGCAUAAUCUCUGGCCUACUUUUGUCACUGUAUAGUUAUCAAUUUUAUAGAUGUUACAUAAAUCAUGAAUGUAAGGUGUUUUAAUUGCCGAAAAA